AUGUGCAAUGUCGGAAGGCAGGAUAAGCGAUGUUACAGUGACUGGCAAUUUAAAUACGAGACUCUUCGACACGUUUGCCAGCGUCCAGUGUCAAAUGAACAAUCUUCAAAGACGGGUGAUAUACGUGAUCAGAAAGAGCGUUCGGAGCAAUUUACAAGCGCUCAGUAUCAUAUCCGUAUGAGUGACGCGAAAGGGAUACACGUAGCAUAA